AAGCAUAUGCUUGCCAUUUUAACGUUCAUUUAUACAACAGUUGCCGCCGAUGGGAUUCUUGUCUUUCUUCUUUUGGUUUUACUAGCUAUAAUUUAUCCUUCUCCGUCAUCACAUGGCACUCUGCGGUACCUCCGAAAUCGGUGCCUUGAAAACCUGUGAGGUAGAAAAUGGCCCUCCAAAAGAGCCAGCAGGAUACAACGAGAUCAUAUCCACUCUUCCUAGCGAAAAUGGGUGGAAAGUUUUCCAGCAUCUUUGCUUUUACCAAAGCUUCUGGUGCUUCCCUCUCCACCUUGAAGGAGCCAUGUAUGCUCAACAUCAUUUCAAGGCUCAGCCAACUGAUGUUUUCUUGUGCAGCGCUCCCAAGACUGGUACGACUUGGCUUAAGGCCCUGAGUGUCUCAAUUGUAACCAGAAACAGUACUGCCGAUAACAUCAAGAACCUUUUGCUCAACAAGGUUCCCCAUGACUGCAUUAUGUUCCUGGAAAAAGAUUAUAUCAAGAAGCCAACUGAUCAGGAAAGACUACUCCCUCUUGUAGCCACGCACCUUCCUUACGCUGCCUUGCCUAAAUCCAUACUCGAUGCAGGUUGUAAAAUUGUUUACAUCUGCAGGGAUCCUAAGGAUGCAUUUGUUUCCCUGUGGCACUUUGCAAGGGGUAUAAAACUCAACAACAACCCAAAUCUCCCAACUGAUGUGGCGUUUGACUUGUACUGCAAAGGGAGAUCAAAUUUUGGUCCCUAUUGGGACCAUGUUUUGGGGUACUGGAAAGCAAGCCAGGAAAGCCCAGAGAAGGUCCUGUUCAUGAAAUAUGAGGAUUUGUUGGGUGACACCAUCAAUCAGGUGAAGAGACUGGCUGAAUUCCUGGGGCGCCCUUUCUCCACAGAGGAAGAAAAACAAGGCGCAGUGGAGAAGGUCAUCAGGCUGUGUAGCCUGGAAAAUUUGAGCAACUUGGAGGUCAACAAGACUGGAAAAUAUGGGGAUGCCGAGAAGGGGAUUGAAAACGCUGUGUACUUUAGAAAGGGGAAGAUCGGAGACUGGAAAAAUUAUCUGACACCCGAGAUGGGAGACCAACUCGACAACAUCAUGGAAGAAAAGCUAAGUGGAUCAGGGUUCACAUUUCGUGAACCUACCCACUGAAAACUAGUAGCACAAUGUCGCAUUGAAUAAAUCAGAGUUUUGGUGGCUCGAAUAAUGCUUGCAGCAGCUUGCAAGACCUAGUUAGAGUUAAGUUCUGCCUAAUGCAUUUUCAACGUGUCCUUGAACUUGCAACCACUUUUUGAACUAAAAAUCCACUGCAUUUCAACGUGGUGUUGAAAUUGCAAGGUUUGAAUUAAUCGAUUCCCCGUGUUAAGUUAUUGUCCAUCACAUUGCAUUUUCAACCUGGUGUUGAAAUAGCAAUAUCGUUGUAUUAAGUAAUGAAGUUUGAAUAAAGAUCCGAGAAUGUCUGUUACUAA